AUGAAGUUCCUACAAGCGAUUCCUCUAAUAUCAACCAUCUUGAUUCUCGUAGAACAAAGUCACGCUGAAAAAUGUGAUCGUAUAAAAAUUGGCAAAGAAUAUUACAAAAGAACUCUUAUAGCGACAAUCGAUGGAUAUCCCACGGGCAUGGUGAUAGACCCAAGAACUGAUCACAUAUUUUUCUUACUUAAUAAGAGAAAUUAUACUAAAGGCUUACACUUGCUUAAACAUGGAUCUCUUGGCAUCAAACAGCUGGCAGUGCCUGAUGACAUGAUCGGCCAAUGCGUUGGAAUUGACACAGCCAAUAAUAUAAUUUAUAUUGGCACAAAUCAAGGUCUAAUAGUUUACGAUUAUGCAAAAACAGAAAUAUCCGGAGAGAGACCGCUUGGUGACGACGAUAUACGGAGCAUUUUCAUCGACAAAUCGGAUAAUCAAAUGUACAUAAUUACUGGAUCGUCCCGUGAAGUAUUCAGAUUUAUGAAUGGCACUACUGCUAUCAAGAGAUUCGAGAAGAUUCCUAGAGCGUACAGUUUCAUUAUUGAUAGUAAAAGUAACGCGUUUUACGAAUACGUUGACGGCAAAAUUUACUUUUACUCAGCAGAUUUGUAUGAACCCAUUCAAUACAAAGGUUUCACAAGGGAAUUGAAAUAUGUUCUUCAGCUGAAUAAUAACGACGAAGCUAUUUUAGGCGUUAAAGGAUCUCUUUUUAAACUACAUGUUAAUAAUAUUUUGCCUGAAAAGAUUGCUCAAUUCGGCUUCAAAAUAACUGGGAUAGCUUUUGAUACAAAGAACAAUAUAGUUAUCGGUACGAAAGGAAAGAUAUACAGAUUUAAACCGAUCAAUUCAAAUGACCCGUGCCCACCUGAUGACUAUUUUAUGUCUAAUAUUUAA